AUGAAGUCCACGUGGCUCACUGUCCUGUGCUGGACUUACAUCCGGCUGUCCACAUCUUUCCCUGUCGAUGACAGACCCGCAUUUACACCAUGGGAUCUGGCGAAAAGAGAGAUCGAAGCAGCUAUCUUCUCCAACCCUCUGGGACCCCAAUUUGGAGUACCCGAUGAGACGUGUCGUGGCACGCUGGAGGGCGACAAUACCGGUAGUUGCUGGAAGAUGGCAGAUGUCACAGUUGAUAAAUUCAUCGCAAACCGAAAGCCCGAGGCCAACCAAUGCCAGGUGCCCUGCCUUUUCUACACCUCGAAACUCACGGGAGCAGCAGAAAGGCUGGCUAAUUUUGUUCUGAAGGAGGUACUUUUGACGGGGGCUACGGAAGGACCGCGCAAGUACCAAACUAUCUGGGAACUACAUCCGCCAAAAUUCUAUCCAAACAAGAAUGACCUGGACAAGACCCCCGAAGCCAAAUGCAUCUACCAGGACUGGAAGAAAGAUGAUUAUGACAAGAAGGUCGAUGGUUGCCAACGGCUAUACUUCAAGUCAAUGUCGAAGGCCAUGGCAAUGGAGUGCAAAGGCGAGGUCUUCCUGAUGACCAAUGCAGAUCUGAGCAAGGAAAAAGAAAAAGUCCCAGAGGAUGGAAUUUGGUGGCAGGUCGAGUUUCCGACACUGAUCGAUGAUGCUCGACCCGCGGACAAGAAAAUUACAAAAAUCAGUUAUCUUCAAGUACCUGCAGUUGAUCUUGACACGCUAUCUGCAGAAGAGAGAAGCAGGCCCCCCGAGAUUAUGGCGAGGGGGGAGUAUUGGCCUAAUGGAGUUGGUAACGAGCAUUUGCAAAGCUUUCGCGACGAACAAAGUCCGCAAUCGACGCCGAAUCCACAACCAACGCCAACUCCCACUCCAGAGGCAGCCAAUCCGGUGGAGACCCCUCCCAGCGGUCUUUUCAGGAGGGAAGACGUCCUUGAAUCCAGUGACGAAGAAUAUCCUUACUUUUACCCUAUCGAUGAUAUCUACGACUGGUACAAGGAAGCAACCUGGUAGAGGCCGGGAAAGGAAGACAGACAAGAAGAUCAAGGUCGGUUCAGGAAGAAUAGAGUGCGCCUUUGACUCAGACUGCGGUCUGAUUCUGGUUCGGGCUGGUCAUUGAGAUUGAA